UUGGAAUGUCUGAAACUGAUCGCCUCGUCGAGGUUCACCGAUAAGCGUAUUGGAUAUCUUGGCGUGAUGAUCCUGUUAGACGAGAAGACGGACGUUCACUUGCUGAUGACUAAUUCCCUUAAAUCAGAUUUAAGCGCCCAGUCGCAGUUUGUCACCGGUUUGGCUUUGAACGCACUCGGUGUUGUCUGCUCACAGGAAAUGUGCCGCGAUUUGGCCGGGGAGAUCGAACGUUUGCUGAAGUCAUCGAACACAUAUCUGAGGAAAAAGGCUGCUCUCUGUGCAUUUCGAAUCAUUCGCAAGGUACCUGAUCUGUUAGAGAUGUUCAUUCCGGCUAGCAGGACGCUGUUGAAUGAAAAGAACCACGGUGUUUUAAUAAGUGGCAUGUGCCUGAUACAGGAACUUUGCGAGCGGAGCCCUGAUGUGCUGAACCACUUCAAAAAGGUAACUUGUCGCACUGUAGAGAGUUAAAC